GCCUUCUUUGCAUUCGAUGAUUCCACGACGAACUAGACUGACUUGGUUAAUCAAUUUUGAGUACAUGAAGCUUAUUUAGCAGACAUUUCCACCCUUCUUAUUAGCAUAAUUACAUACAAUGCAAUAAUUAAACUAAAACACCCCUUUAUUAAUCACACUAACAGCACGAUUAUACUGUGAAGUCCAGUCAUGAUUCAUAUUAAGGGAGGUUUUGCAAAGCCUGAAAGCACACAUGUUGAUAUAUAAACCACAUUUUGAUUUCGACCCAUAUGAUUUUCGUAUCUUGAAUUAAUAAUAAUAGUUUUUAUAAGAGAAAAAAAGAACAGAAAACAUUAGAAAAUCUGUUGCAGGCAGGGCUCAAGUGUGGAGCAUAACUGUCCACGACCACAAACUGUCAUAUUUGCAAAACCAACUUCAGCUCUUCUCCAACACACACAUAAAAGAAAAAGAAAAGGAAAAAAAAAAAAGCCUAUAAGAUAGGAUAGUGCCAGAAGAACAACCCACAUUUGCACAUGCAGUUCUAAAGAUCAUCCCUCCCCCACGAUUAAUCAUUGAGCGGGCUCGGCCAAAAAACAUGCUAAUACCAAACCAAAUGUUCAUCCGGACCCGCCUCUCUCUCUCUCUCUCUCUUUCAGUGGAAGCCAACUCCACCAAUAUUCCCUCCAACCCCUGCCUGACACGUAAGCAGCCCGUACUUUUCCUUUUUCCUCUUUAUUUUCAAGCUAAGUGAACUGUUCAUUGCUGCGUUUGGAGUUCUGGUUCUCUGGUUCGAAUUCAUUGAACAGAAUCCUGAAAUCCCAAUGAGAAAAAAGGAAAACAGAGUGGAAUGAAUGAAUCUGAUGUUUGGAGGGUUGAAUUUGUCCAGCAGAGUCAACCUCUCUCUUCAUGGCGUUUGCAUUCCGUUAUUUCUUUUUCUCAUUCCCUCCUCCCCCUUUUUGGCUAACCGAAUUCGUGUUUCGUCACAGCUCAUCCUACAUGCCCCUUUUCCCUUCUUUAUUUUUCAUUUUCCCAGUAUUAUCUUUAAUAUUACGUAUCAGAUACUACUUGCCAUGCUAACUGUAAAUCAAGCUAGUGGUUCCCUCAGUCGAAAGGUUAAACGAACAGUUAGGUAUGUGCAGCAGCUGAGCACAUUUUCGAAAUGUUGGAAAUGGUAGAGCAACUUGUGGUGAUGCCUGGUGGUAAUGAUUCAGGGCACAUCGCAUCAGACUAGACCAGUUCGGAUUAACCGAAUUAAACUAUGUGUUUGAUUUCGGUUUUGAACAUGAAUUGUAUAGAUGCGUAGAUGAAUUUUGGUCUAAACAAUUCUAUAAUAAAUUCGAGUUGAGACCAAACUAGAUCAUGUCACCAAUUAUAGCAGCAGACAUGAUUAGGGCGGGAUACAAACACUCCCUCCGUAGUUACGUAAAUUGCACUCUAUGAGUUACUACUAGCCUUAUAUUUUGUAAUUAACCUCAAACGCAAGAUUUCUGAGAUAAGCUUUACACCGUCACGGUUUGUGGAAAAAUGAAUAGGGAAGGGAGGUUUGGAUGAAUUUUGGCGUAACUUGUAUGCGUAACUGCAGGCAACAUAAAGGACUCGUGGUGGGCCGGCUUUCCAAUCAAUCUCCUCUGCUGUAUCUUUCGUGUUGUAUAAAAUGGAUCCCACGAAAAAUUAUUACCACACGAGUCUGCUUAGUACAAUUGCUUUCGUCUCUUUGAAGUGGGCACAAGCUUUUGCCGAUUUCCUCCUGUUUGUUUGGCGGUUUAGCUUAGACUGGUAAAGAUUAGAGGAUCGGUUUUGUUGUUAAGAUUUGACUUCCAGUGAACAGUGUGGUAAAGUGGGUCUCUAAUUGGUGGGCUUCAAUGGCGAUGCCAUUCUGAGGUUCAUUUCUCCCUUUUUGGCUUCUGUCCAGGACGAAUUUUUUUUUCCAUUAUUGAAUCUGGUAAUGAAAAUUAAUGCAGAUUUGUGGUGGAAACUUAGAACUACAAUCACUCUUGGAAUUGUGUCGUUUUCGUUAUCCCUCCUACCCUUUUUAACUGUUGGUAAUCAUCCGAACACUAAAAAGUUGUUUGGGUUCAACAAUUACACAAAAGAAGAGAGAAUGGCUCUUAACUCCAGAAAGGAGAGGAGCAACAUGCCCAACAUAUAACUCCAAUGUGUGCUUUUACAAGUGCCUCGGUAGGUUAGAGCUACAUAAAUGAUAGCUCCCUCCCGACCCAGGAUGUUUGCAACAAUUUGGUCUAAAAGUUAGAUUGGGUCGGGUUUCAUUUUGAUUCUGUUAACGAGCUGAACGUAAACAAUAACAUGAAACGAUAACACUCGAUAUACGUGGUAUCCCCGAUAUUCGGGACUAAUCCACGGGAGAGAGACCUCUCCAAUCAAAAUCGAGUGUUAUCGUUUCCUGUUAUUGUUUACGUUCAGCUCGUUAACAUAUUCGAGUUUGAGUAUCACGUUCAGAAAUUUUCAGUUAUUAUUUGGACUGAUCCAUUAUACCCAUGAAGAGAUGUGAAUUGAAGCAAUAGUCGGAUGGACGGAAUUGAUAUGAUCUUUCUGUUGUUUUUGUUACAGCCUUCAGGCGUGUUCUUGAUUGAUUUUGUCUUACUUUUCUAAGUUCUAAUCAUAUGUGACCGUUGUCAAUUGUAACCCUCAAUACCAAGACAUAUUCAAGUGUUUGGUAGUUGGGACGAUCGUAAACUUAACAUUCAGCAUAUAAUUGGCCUCCUUAAAAAAACCCUUCGUAUAUUGGUUGGAUUAAUUGCUAGUUACUUGAAGUACAAGAAUAAUAAAAUACAGACGUUUUAUAAUCUUUCCUUAAUAUAAGGUCAAAACUACAUUAUGAAACUCAUUCUACCAAAUCAAAUCAUCCAACAUUUGCCUAACAAUAAUAUGAGCAUGAAAACAUUGGUUGCCUUAAGAAAUUGAGAACAAUGAUGGUUUGGAUUGGGUUUGACCACUCGUUGGCUCGGAAAGAAGAACCGGGGUGGCUCGCAUCACUGAGCCACUUACUUAGCCUACAAAAAGACGAAAGCCCAAAAUAUAAUAAUGGGCACUAAAACAGGAUUGCAGGAAUGACGAGUGCUCCCUUUUUAAUUCCUUUAUAACCCCCUCUCUCCCCCACUCUUUCUCUCUCCCCCAUCCCUCCUUCCCCUCCACCUCCUCCCUUUCUCCUCCCACUCACCUCCCUUUUACCAACUCCGUCCCGUUCUCUCCCUCUCUCUCUGAACAAAAAAACAUUUCACAGCUCCGUUCUCCCAUGGUUCAUCCGUAACGAAUCAACAAUUCCUCUCUCGCAAAGGUAAUAUUCUCAUCCUCCUCCUCUCUCUCUCUCUCUCUCUCUCCAUCGCUUUAUUCCUGAAUCGCUCGAUCUUUGAAUCCUUUGAUCACUCUGUUUGGAUGCUCUGCUGCAAGAUUUCGUACUCAUAGCUCCCUUCUCGCUUCCCGUUUGGUUGCCGAGAGAAUUUCGCUUUUGAUUUCCUGUCUCUGGAAUGAAUCGCGCUGGCUUUGUCUUGUUAUCUUUCUUUCAACUGAAUCUGAACUGAGAAUUCCUGCGUCAUAUCUGAAUCUGUACUUUUUUUUCUCUUUUGGUGUUUGUUCUUGUUGGAUUCGUCAGCUGUACGAAGCGAGGAUUGGAAGGAGGUAGGGGGAAGAAUCCGAUUGCGAUCGAAUUUUUUUGAUUUGAGAUAUUCAGCGAUGGCGUCAACGAUGAUCUCGUCGAAUCCAGUAACGAACUCGAGCGCGAACUCGGAUCGGUCCAAGAGAAAAAAGAAGAGGAAAGCUGCUUCGGCGGAACAAUACAGACAGGAGGAAGCUCUGAAAUGGAGAACCGAGUCUCAGCAGCAAAUCUACUCCUCCAAGCUCAUCCAGGCGCUGAGCCAGGUCCAGCUCAAUCCGAGCUCGCCUUCGGCUCCGCGCCGAGGCCGAGCCGUCCGCGAGGCCGCCGACCGCGCCCUCGCGGUGUCCGCCAGGGGGAGGUCGAGGUGGAGCCGAGCCAUCCUGACUAGCCGGAUCAAGCUCAAGUUCCGCAAGCAGCAGAAUAAGCACCAGCAGCGGCAGAGAAUCGUGUCCGCCGUUGCCGCCGCCGGCGGCAGCGGCCGCGCGAGGAAGCCGAGAGUCAGCGUGCUGAGGUUGAGAGGUAAGAGCCUGCCUGCGGUCCAGAGGAAAGUCCGGCUCCUCGGCCGGCUGGUUCCCGGCUGCAAGAAGGAACCGCUGCCGGUGAUUCUGGAGGAAGCUACCGAUUACAUCGCUGCCUUGGAGAUGCAGGUUCGUGCCAUGAGUGCCCUCGCCGAGCUCCUGUCCGGCUCCAACCAAGCCGCCGGCAGCGCCGGUUCCUCCAGCUGAUCUCUCUCUGUAUGUUCAAAAUGAAAAAAAAAAAAAAAAAAAAGAGAAUGUCAUUUUCUUCUUCUUCUUCCUUCUUAAUCUCUUAAUUAAAUUCCCCAAUAUUAUCUCCUCAAUCAUCAUCAUCAUCAACAUCAACAUCAUCCUGUUAAAUACGCCUUCCCGUUUUCUUUUUUUAACUUUCACCUCCUCUUCCUUCUUUUUUUUACCCGUUUGGCUUUGAGUCUUGUCUUGUUAGAACAAUAACUUGACCUGUUUACAAUUCCUGACACACUUAACAGGAGCAGUAAAAAUUUCAUUGGAGCAUUCCCCCCCUCCAGUGAUCUUUUUUACUGUUCCUUUGUGGGGUUUCUUGAUUUUGGGGAACAAACCUGAUGGAAUAGAGUGUAUAUUGUGAGUUGCUGUGUAUCGUUGUGUAUAGGACAAAUUGGUAUUUUGUAAUGUGAUUCUGUGUGUGUGAUACUGUUUGUCUGUUUACAGUCUCUCCCAGUAACUCUGUAGUAUAGACUAUAGACUAUAGAGAUACACCAUUGGCGUUAGUGCCAGUUAGGAGGUUGUCACCUUCCGGAAUUUGGUAAAAAGAAGUUUUAAAAAUGGUUCUUUUUGGUGUCACGAGGUGUCAUAAUUUGGAGGGGGAAAAAGCGAGCUCUUGAGGGACACUAGUAUUAUCGCUCUUUUAACUGAAAUUUCAGCUUAGAAAGUCGUUCUUGUACCGUAACUAACAUCUGGAGUUAAUGAUUUGCUCGUCAUUUAAUUAUAUUUGUUAGACCUUCAAUUUCAGUCACUCAUCAUGGGAACGAAGUAACCGAAAUACUUCCCGAUUGUUUACGAUUUCGUUGCUGUUGACGAUGGAUACCUUCGUGCGUCGUCGAACUAAUAUCUCGGCUUUGGUAUGGUUGAAAGAGUACUUGUUAAGAGGGAGCUCCAUCUUGCAGCUGUCUGAAGUCGAAACCAAAACGACCUGCCUCAAAGUCCCAAUAACGUCUUGAAAAGGGUACUACCACCACCCAAAACAAACCCACCCAAGUACCCACCCUAUCUUGUCUAAACAGCCCACAUGUGUUUUGUAGCUUUCUUUGGUUGGCGUUUACUUGAAUGAUGGUGUUCAAUCACCACCCAUCACCAUUCUCCUCUUCAUCAUUCUGAUCCGACUGUUAGACAUGGUAAUUAACUAUCGAGGGUAAACAACGAUUCGGUCCGAUAUCCUUAAGCAAAACUUACAUUAACAUCGCUCUGGAUCGUUCGAAAUAGGUUAUCUAAAAACUGUACAUGUUAAAAUGAGGAGUUGAGGACACACCUACAACACUCAUUCCCGGACUGGGAACCAAAACGAACGGGAUUUUCCCCCCGUUUUUACGUGACUUCCAAUUUAUGACAAUGACACAAGCGAUUCGGUUGGAUAUCUAUCUUGCUUCGGGCCGAACACCGACUCGACUCGAGUUUGGGUCGGACCGCGGAGCAAGCCAACCCUCCACCGACUAGCUUUUACUCUUUUGAUAAAGCAGGCAAAAGCAAAUGAAAGGAAAGUUUGCAGAUAGGGUAAAGAAUGGGGAUGGACACCUGCCCCUUGCCUUGCCCUCUUGUUUUUGUCCCAAAAGGCAUAAUAGAGAGAUGGAGAAGAGGCCGACCCUAUCAUUUUCAAAGGGCACAUCCGCCCCUAAAUUGUUGAAGGGCACCACACACACACACGGCUGCCUCUCCUCUCCUGUUCGUUCCAUUCAUCACUGUCACAUUAUUACCAAAUAGACGAUCAGAUCCAUUUGUUUCCAAGGACAAAAUGAGCUCUCUCAUGAUUGAAAAAAUAUAAAAUCGGAUUCCAAAG